CAUCCAUGAUAGCAUAACGCAUGCGUCCUUUAGUCACAUCAUAGGUGUCACCAAUACAUCUGAGGCUCAAUGGUCGCAAGCCAUCCUGCCCAUAAGAAAAGGGGGAUUCGGAAUGACUUCAGUCGAAAAAAUUUCACCUGCAUCUUUCCUAGCAGGUUGGGUACACUCAUCAGCAAUACUGCCGAAAAGAUUCUCAUAUAUCUGGGAAAGCUCACAGUCAAUAUUAGACAAUCUGGGCGCAACUGGACAGAAUCUAAAAGAAGCUAAGCAGCAUAUCGAUUCUCUCUUGGCGGGCACGCCAAGCACCCUUGGAGGGGUUUGCUUCACUGACUUAACCGAUCAGCCCAUCAAGCUACAACAUCGCAUCACGGACGAGUUAUCUACAACUAGUCUUCAACACCUUCUGGAUCAAUCUCAGGAUCAACAUCAGGCUGCUCGUCUAAGGUCGAUUCAAGGUCCUGGAUGUGGCUCAUGGCUAGAGGCAGCACCUUCCUCAGAUAAGCUUGCAUUUAAGCCUUCCGAAUUUCGGUUAGCGGCUCUUCUGAGGCUGGGAUGCCCAAUGCCCUUCAAGUCCCUGGCACCUAUUUGUGAGUGUGGGAAAGAAGCAGAUGAUUAUGGAUACCAUUUCUUGACCUGCAAACACGGGGGUGGACCUGUAUGGCAACAUGACAGUGUCGUAGCAGGCUGGUGCGAGUGCCUCAAGGAGGUGGGUCUUCACCACAGAAAAGAAGUGCGAGACAGGUACACAAACAAUAGUAAUCGACCGGACAUUGUGGUUUUCGAUGCUGGAGAUGGUUCUAACAUUGACCUUGAUAUUUCACUCUCCCACCCUUGGAGCUGCGAAGCUUUUCCCAGGUCGAGUAGUGAAAGUGGAUGUGCUGCAUCCAGAAGAGAAGAAAAGAAGAAGGCCAAAUACUUAAAAGAUCUUUUACCUGGAGGUUCCACCCCUAACUUUGCGCCGUUAGUCUUUGAACAUUUCGGUCACUGGGGGAAUACUGCGACAGACUACCUGAACACUUUGUCAUUGCGAUCAAGGGACAGCGACGGAAAAUGCAACAAGGCUGAAUUCCGUUCCUACUGGAGAAAAAAAUUGAGUGUAAUCCUACAGAGAUGCAAUGCUAAAGUCUUGCUGAAGAAGAUUGACAGACUUCAUUUACAAAGUUCUAGUGCUGAUAUAGCUUUAGACUGCGAACUUCAAAGUAGCAUUCAUUAGUGGGUUUUAGAUUUCAGUAGCGACUAUUAUGUUUCGACUUCCUAUGAUGUACGUAGUGCCUUGUAUGUUCAAUAAAUGAUCUUUGUCAGUCAGUCAGUCA